AUUUUGUGCGACUCCACACAUACAUACACCGGCAAACAAAAUUGAGAUGUUGCGAUUGCCUCAUGUUUCUUAUAUCUGGUGAAAUUUUCUGGUGACGUUAUUCUCACUCUCUGUGUUAAAGACAGAACAACGAGGGCUACGACCAGCAGCGUCGCUAACCGCAAAAUAACGCUGUCCCCCCGCCUCCAAUGCCAAAUAAGUCAUCUCUCUCCUGCCCAAACCCAUUCGACGGCUGUCAUCGCUUAUUAAUUACGCAAAGAACGAAGAACCCUCACUGACUGCGACCGACAGAAUACCUUCGUUGAUCAUCUUCGGUGAAAUGUGUCGAGAGUGAUGUGACUGACAGGAUAACGCAAGUCGCGAAACGCCUUUCUGGGCCAGCGACUUCGAAAAAUAAGGAAGAUGGAGACUAUUUUUCACGAGAAGCAAGAAGGUUCGUUAUGCGCCCAGCACUGCCUGAAUGGACUUCUACAGGGCGAGUACUUCACCGCGGUUGAUCUUGCAACGCUCGCUCAGCAGAUAGACGAACAAGAACGUGAAACCAUGGCAGAAGGUGGUGUACACAGCGAAGACUACCGGCGUUUCUUACACCAGCCUUCCAGCAACCUGGAUGACAGUGGCUACUUUUCCGUACAAGUGAUCGCAAGUGCACUCAAAGUAUGGGGAUUGGAGCUGGUUCCGUACAGCAGCAGCGAUCCAGUAGCACAAGCUGCACAACGUGAUCCGACGAAACAGAAAGCAUACAUCUGCAACUACAAGGAGCAUUGGUUUACAGUCCGCAGACUUGGCAACCAGUGGGUCAACCUUAAUUCCUUGUUAUCAGGCCCAGAACUGAUAUCGAGCACCUACUUAUCCAUGUUUCUGGUGCAGCUACAGCAAGAAGGCUAUUCCAUUUUCGUUGUGGUGGGGGUCCUGCCAGAAUGUGAGGCAGACAGCGCCCUUGACAUGCACAUGGCUGCAGAUGAGGAGGAACGCCAGCUACAAGAGGCUCUUCAACAGAGCUUGCAACUGCCCUCAAGUUCAGGCGAAUCAUUAUCAUCCCAGUCCCAAAGCGUGCCCGAGAUGUCAGAAGAGGAAAUGCUGCAGGCUGCAUUGCGGAUGUCCCUGGAAUCUUGACGUCUGCCUAACAAUUAACCCGUAGUGCUUCCAAAAUACUUCUGGGUUCACAUAUUAUUUCAGACUUUCCCAGUGCAGAGUCUUUAUUUUCGACAUGCUUAUAAAUUUUUGCACAAUA